CACGCACGCUCGCAUGGCGAAUGCUCUAGACCUUUGAAUUCGUUUAGCCAAUCUCACCAAAACAUGAAUACGCCGUCGUUUUAGUUGAUCGUAUUCUCUAGUUCAAAUCAAUCAGCAGCAAUGCUGAUGAAAAGUCUUCACUUGUUGUCUUCCUCAUCAAUCCUCCACCGCUUUGCUUCUCGCAGCAUCGCGUCUUUGUCUUCUUUACCCAGAAGAAGAAAUCGCGUCCGUACUCAUAACCCUUCGUUUUAUUGCCCUUUCCCGUCGGUUCUCUCGAGACCCAUUUCCUCAGGCAAGGUCUUAGCCAUGGCAGAUGAGACUUCGUCGUCGACCUCGUCAACGUCUCAAAAACAUACCAACCGUUUAGCCACCGAACACAGUCCUUAUCUUCUUCAACACGCACAUAAUCCGGUUGAUUGGUAUCCAUGGGGAGAAGAAGCUUUUGAAGAAGCAAAGAGGAGAGACGUGCCCAUCUUCUUAUCAAUUGGAUACAGUACUUGUCACUGGUGUCAUGUCAUGGAAGUUGAGUCAUUUGAAGAUGAAGAAGUGGCAAAACUCUUGAAUGAUUCGUUCGUUAGUAUUAAGGUUGAUCGAGAGGAGCGGCCUGAUGUCGAUAAGGUUUAUAUGUCGUUCGUCCAGGCUCUGUAUGGUGGAGGAGGGUGGCCACUGUCUGUCUUCCUAUCACCUGAUUUAAAGCCAUUGAUGGGUGGAACCUACUUCCCUCCAAAUGACAAUUAUGGACGACCAGGAUUCAAGACUCUCCUUAAGAAGGUGAAAGAUGCGUGGGACAGUAAGAGGGAUACACUUGUGAAGAGUGGUACCUAUGCUAUUGAAGAACUGUCAAAAGCUUUAUCUGCAAAUGCUGGAGCCGACAAAUUGUCAGAUGAGAUUUCUCGGACGGCUGUGAGUAUAUGCGCAAAACAAUUUUCUCGGAGCUAUGAUUCGGAAUUCGGUGGGUUUGGAUCUGCACCAAAGUUCCCGAGACCUGUCGAGAUCCAGCUGAUGCUUUAUCAUUCCAAAAAGCUGAAGGAAUCGGGGAAAACGAGCGAGGCUGAUGAAAACCAAAGUAUGAUUUUAUUCAGCUUGCAAGGCAUGGCAAAUGGAGGGAUGCAUGAUCACAUUGGAGGCGGGUUUCAUAGAUACAGUGUCGAUGAAUGUUGGCACGUUCCGCAUUUUGAGAAAAUGCUAUAUGAUCAAGGGCAACUAGCCAACAUCUACCUUGAUGGUUUAAUCAUUACCAAGGAUGUUAUGUAUUCUUAUGUGGCAAGAGACAUCCUUGAUUAUAUGAGAAGAGACAUGAUUGCACCUGAAGGUGGAAUAUUCUCAGCUGAAGACGCCGAUAGCUUUGAAUUCGAGGGGGCAAAGGGAAAGAAAGAAGGAGCUUUCUACAUAUGGACUAGCGAUGAGAUUGAUGAAGUCCUUGGGGAGAAUGCAGAUCUUUUUAAGGAGCAUUACUAUGUUAAGAAAUCAGGUAACUGCGAUCUUUCCAGUAGAAGUGACCCGCACAAUGAAUUCGCUGGGAGGAACGUGCUGAUCGAAAGAAAUGAGCUGUCUGCCAUGGCAUCAAAGUUUAGCAUCUCCACUGAGAAGUAUCAGGAGAUUUUGGGUGAAUGCCGAAGAAAGCUUUUCGAUGUCAGACUGAAGCGACCUAAGCCGCAUCUAGAUGAUAAGAUAAUCGUCUCUUGGAACGGGCUUGUUAUCUCGUCUUUCGCACGAGCCUCCAAGAUUCUCAAGGCGGAGCCUGAAAGCACCAAAUACUAUUUCCCUGUGGUGAAUAGUCAGCCAGAGGAUUACUUAGAAGUUGCAGAGAAAGCAGCUCUGUUUAUCAGAGAGAAUCUCUAUGAUGAGCAGUCUCGCAGAUUACAACACAGUUACAGACAGGGACCAUCCAAAGCUCCUGCCUUCUUAGACGAUUAUGCUUUCUUGAUCUCUGGUUUGCUCGAUCUUUAUGAGAAUGGAGGUGCGGUCACAUGGCUUAAAUGGGCUAUUGAACUUCAAGAAACCCAGGAUGAGUUAUAUCUCGACCGAGAAGGAGGAGCAUACUUCAAUACUCAAGGUCAAGACCCAUCCGUUCUUCUCCGUGUAAAAGAAGAUCAUGAUGGUGCAGAACCUUCAGGGAACUCUGUUUCUGCUAUCAACCUUGUGAGAUUAGCUUCCAUAGUCGCCGGAGAUAAAGCCGAAUCCUACCUAAACACCGCACAGCGUCUCCUGGCAGUCUUUGAGUUGAGGUUAAGAGAACUGGCGGUGGCAGUGCCGUUAAUGUGCUGCGCUGCAGAUAUGAUCUCUGUUCCAUCGAGGAAACAAGUUGUUUUGGUUGGUUCCAAGUCUUCUGCAGAGCUAAACAACAUGCUUUCUGCAGCUCAUUCAGUCUACGAUCCUAAUAAAACGGUGAUUCACAUAGAUCCUUCGAGUUCUGAGGAAAUGGAGUUUUGGGAAGAGCAUAACAGCAAUGUAGCUGAGAUGGCUAAGAACAGAAACUCAGAGAAAGUGGUGGCUCUUGUUUGUCAACACUUCACUUGUAGUCCUCCUGUCUUUGACUCUUCUGCUCUUACUCGCUUACUAUCCAAGUAAAAACCAGAGGUUCCAUUUUUAAUGGUCGCUUGUGCUGGACGGAACAAGUUCAACGUUGUUUCAUGAAUAAAAAGAGAUGAUUAAACCGGAUUUGGUAUGAAA